AUGUCCUUCAUCCUCAAUCACCUCAACGAAACUACCCUCAACGUCCAGGGUGACGAGGGUGUCCAGUUCUCCAUUGUCGGCGGCCUGGGCACUUUGGCCUCUGCUUACGCCUCGUAUCUCAUGUGUACCCGGGUGCCUACUUCUAACAAGACUUGGCUUGCUGCCACAGUUGCAUCUCUGUUCAUCUCAAUUGGCAACCAGUACCAGUGUCAGUUCACUCCCGGGUCCCCCGCCAACUCGUCUUACAUUGGUCGACUUCCCUGGACCGUUCUGCGAGUAGCCUUCCUGGCAGUGGUCUAUGGUCAGCUCAACCUUGGAGGCACCAAGUUUACAUGGGCUGCUGGAAAUCCUCUGCACAUCCCUGUUCUUUUCCUGGCCAGCUAUGUGCUCAACGAGGUCGGAAAUGUCCUUCGAAAGCCCAUUCCCAAGCCUGUCGUGAAAGACGAGUAA